ACAGAGGUGAGCUCUAAGAACAGAUCGAGAUAACUAAGUGAAGAGUAGUGAGGCGAGUGGAAUGGGGCAUCACUCCUGCUGCAACCAACAGAAAGUUAAGAGAGGCUUGUGGUCGCCCGAGGAAGAUGAAAAGCUCAUCAGAUAUAUCACCACCUAUGGCUAUGGCUGCUGGAGCGAAGUGCCCGAGAAAGCAGGACUCCAAAGGUGUGGGAAGAGUUGCCGGUUACGAUGGAUCAAUUACUUGAGGCCCGACAUACGACGAGGAAGGUUUACGCCGGAGGAGGAGAAGCUCAUCAUCAACCUUCACGAGAUUGUUGGGAACAGGUGGGCUCAUAUAGCAAGCCACUUGCCCGGUCGCACGGACAACGAGAUCAAGAAUUAUUGGAACUCGUGGAUCAAAAAGAAGAUCCACAAGCCGAGCAAAGCAGCUCAAACUGCAACCCCAUCAGGCUUCGACCACGUUCAACCCGUCUUCAGCACCGCCGACCAAUUCGACGCCAUUCUCCACCACAACCUACCGAAGCCAUCUGCGGCCGAUCCCAUCUUCCCUCCUCCACCUUGCCCUCUCUUCAUGUUCGACGUAAGCGCCGGCGACAGCGGGUCAGCCACCGGCAGCACCAAGGAGGAGUUUGUGCAGGAGGUGACGACCCUAACUUCCGACCUCUGGAACCCUACCCAUCAGCAAGACCAAGCGAUGCCUCCCUUCCUCGCCUUCACCGCGUGCAUGGAGUCCAACUACCUGCCGCCGUUGGUGGACGGCAUGGGCGGCAUGGUGCCGUGUUGCGUGGCGGACGACGAAGAGGCGAGCAGGCAUCCAUUCGAGAAGCAGGAGCUAAGCGAAUGGGUGGACUCACGGCAGUACUCGAGCCCUCUGAUAUGGGACCAAGUCGCAGGUACAAGUCUUGGUGGUGAAGCUCUUCCGACAGCGCCAUCCACCAUGGACGCCAUGAUCACAUCCUUCUCCUCGUCCUUAUCGAGGAUCAACUAGGGAGGAGGGUUGCCUUCCCCUUCCCCCCUGCUUCUUCUCCUCCAUGGCUCCCUACCUUGCAACAAAGGAAGGGUGGGAGUUGGUGGAGAUAACUUAUUACUGCGUGCAUGUGUGUGAUGUACAAGAAUAAUUGUCCGUAACGGAAGAAUAUAUAUAUAGGUGUCACGACAAAGUAGUUGUGGCUGAUGUCUUCGUGUCCUCGUCGAGGUUUGUGAUGCCGCUGUGAAAUGGUAAAGGGGACCCACU